AUGGCAUCUAAGAGAGCUUCCAGGGGCUCGGAGGAGGCCCAGGGACGAAGGACAAAGAUAGGAAAUGAUGGAGAGGCAAGGGAUGGUCCUGGGAAGGACAUCCUGGAGGGAUGCACCCUCAAGGAAGAGAGAUGGAAAGUCAGCCAGUUGCAGGAGAUUUCAUUGCCGUGGCUGAUUAUAUGCCCGACCCUGGGGAGCCGGGGAGCACCGAGGGCGGCCGGUGCCCUGCAGCCCCACAAACAUGCAGCUGCUCCUGGUGGAGCCAGAGCUUCUGUGAAAGACAUUUCGGAAGUUUCCUGUGGCUGCAACAAAUUGUUGGGAUCUGCCCCACAGCACCACUGUGACCUGCUUUUCUCACUCUCAGGGCAGACAGCUCCUGAAACUGGAGACUCCCAGAGCCCCUGUCUCUGCUUCCUUGGGGUAUGAGGGGGACUGCCUGUAAUGCCUCCUCUCUCUGUCCAAGCAUGGCAGCCCUGUCCAGUGGGCUGGACAGACUGGGUUUCCUGUCCCUCUGGCCUGAGGGAGAAGGUGGUUGUUGCUUCUGCAGAGAUGGUUAAGAAUAAGGGAGUACAGCAUGCUGUCUGGGACCCAGUUAGGUCUGCUUCUGCAGGCGGAGAGAGGCUGGGUGACAUGGAGGGAACUCUUGAUUGGAAGAUUCAAGGGCUCUUAGUUUUGAAAGGAAAGGGCAUGAACUUAGUUGUCAGUUAG